AUGGAAAAAGACAAGAGGUGCAUGGCGCUGGUCCUGUCGCUGAUGAGGCUGGCGGGGCUGUGGCCAAGCAGGGACGACCCCGGCUCCUGGAGGACCCGGCUGGAAGGUGGCUGCGCCAGAGCGCUGAUGGUCGUCCGCGCCUUGUACAUAGCCUCCAUGACACACGUGUACCGCGACUGGGGCAACCUGGACGCCAUCCUCGACUCGACGCCCAAGUUCUGCACGGCGCUGCCCCUGUUCGUGCUGGCGGCGCAGCUGUUCGCGCGGCGCGCCCAGUUCGAGGGCGUCGUCGCCGACCUGCGCGCCCUGUUCGACGACGCCCUCGCCGAGGAGGCCACGAGGCCCGUGGUCCUGCGCUCGGUGCGUCUCGGCAGGCAGCUGGCCAAGUUCGCCGCGGUGUGCCUCACGAUGCUGGUGUACUACGCGGUGCCGCUGGUGGCGCUGGCCAACCGCGACAGCCUGGACGACGUGCCCUUGCCGCUGGACACGUGGUUCCCCUUGGAGCGGUCCAGCCGUGCGCGCUUCUUCGUCGAGUACGGCUACCACGUGGUGUUCCUGGCGGUGAUGGCGCUGCAGACGGGCGCCUCGCACCUGCUCUGCUUCUCGCUCGUGCUGCACAUCGGCAGCUUGUUCGACGUGGCGGGGCGCCUGGCGCUCGCCAUCCGGGUCCCGCGCGCUCCGGGGGACCUCCGGAGGUUCAUAGCGCUCCACCAGCGAUCCCUCGAGGGUAGUGGUGACGAGGGAGCGAGAUUGUGUUUGUCCUCCGUCCAGAGCGCCCGGGUGAGCGACGCGGUCUACUUCUCGGACUGGCUGGCGCGCCCGCCGGCCUUCCAGAAGGCGCUGCUGAUGGCGACCAUGCGCGCGCAGAGGCCCGUCCACGUCACGGCGGGCAAGUUCGGCGUCCUGUCCUUCGAGACCUUCGCCUCGGUGAGUGCCGCGUCGUCCGUCGUUCCUGUCGGUCCGUCUUUCCUGUAG